AUGUCGCCUGCCUCGGAAUCCCUGCAAUCUCACCUCAAUGUCAUCCCAAAGUUGGCAGCCGACGGCUCCAACUGGAUCACCUACAAGGAGCGCAUGUUCACCGUCAUGGGCUCCCGAGGACUGUUGCGACAUCUUCAAGGGACUGCUCGCCGGCCACCGGAUCCACCCCCGCUCCCGAUGCCAUCCAUCAGGAAAACCCCACUUUUCCUUAAGAAGACACUUAAAUAA